UUCACGCUUCUCUGCAAGUGGCUCAAUUUAUUCAAAUCUGCUGAGGUGACGUUGGCCCGGACAGCAGCACACGCGCGACCAUACAUCACCACAAAGCCAGACUGCAUUAAUAACCUGACAUCAUUUCAUCUGCGAGGGCCAACCCCCAACUUUCACUUCCUCUGAGGGACACUUGGCAGCUCCCAGCCCACCUCUCACAUGCACCUACACCUCGCCCUGAGGUUCAUUUCUCAGCUAUUCUGACAGGGACCUGAAGAUGACUUGGACUUCUGGGACCCUCCUCACUCUCUUCAUGGUGCUUUUCGCACUUUCCCUGUCUCAGGAGGUUGAUUCUGUGACGGUACCCAGCAGAGACAAGGAGCCACAAGGUUUGCUCAGGAGGAUCUUCAUGAAAGAGUCUGACGCUUCAAACUUCUUCAAAAGGCGCAGCCGGAGAGAAGUCAAGUCGCAAGAUGAGAUUAAUGCUGAGCAGCGGCAGGUUCUGGCGGCGGAUGAACGGAGGAGAGAGUUCCACCAGGAGAAGCGUCAAGAGUUCGAGAGCUACGCUGAAGAGGAGCAUGACGAACAGAACGAGAGGACCAGAGAGAGCACCGAGCAGUGGAGGGAGUUCCACUACGAUGGCAUGUAUCCUCCUCACGAGUACAACCGACACGCUAUCUAAACCUCCACCUGGAUGUGCAGAGUUCGUUUUGGCGCCAUUGGAUUGACACUUUUAUUGUGAACACCUCGGCUUGUUGAGUGAUAAGGUCCUGUAGUGCAUUAUGGUUAAAAAAAAUAGUAAGUCACAAAGAGUAGCAAUGUCAGGUUCUCAUCUCUUUGACUUGUGCCAGUACAUUAAAAUACAAGGCAUUAAAAAAACAGAAGCAAAAAUAAAAUGCAGGAAAGAUUUAUAUUGCUUUACACUUUCUAUAAGUUUUUCUACUACAUAUAAGAUAUUAACAGUAUGUACGUAACAGAAACCAGUAGCUGAUAUUUGAUAAUGUAUAAGGGUAGAUGACCGUCAUCUGGAGUUAUGGACGAAGGAGGUGAAGAGGAGAGUGAACGCUGGGUAGAACAGGAGCAUCUAUGAUGGACAAGAUCAGAAAGGUGUGCAGAAGUUUGGAGCAAGACCAGAGUCGGUUUGGACCAGCAGAGGAGACUCAGUGGAAAUGAUGGAUGAGUCAUGGAGAAGUCAGGUAAAAGUGAAUGUGCUGAAUGAAGACAAGAAGCGGACCUGAGGCUAGUAACACAUGUUAAUGUGGAAGAGCA